UUUCACUGUCUGCUGUCGCUGUGAUUCAAUCGUGCUUAAAGUUACUGACUUCACAUAUCUGAAUAAAUUGUAUUGAGCAAAGAAAGCCUAUUUUAAAAACAAUAAUUUAAUCAAAUUUAAUUAUCAAGAUGGCUCUUAAAGUGCUCGUUGGCCAAAAAAUCAUGAAUGAGGUGGUGAAGUACAAACCUCCAGCUAAUCCCAAAAAGGGGGCAGCAGCUAAGCCAGCAGGGGCUGGAGUCGAAUGGAGAGUACUUGUCGUAGACAAGCUAGCCAUGCGAAUGGUAUCUGCUUGCACUAAAAUGCAUGAGAUAAGUGCUGAAGGAAUAACAUUGGUUGAAGAUAUCAACAAGAAACGAGAACCACUUCCAACAAUGGAAGCCGUAUAUCUUAUUACGCCAUCUGAAGAGUCUGUUAAAGCACUUAUGCGUGAUUUUGAGAACCCUGCACGUCCGAUGUAUCGGUAUGCACACGUCUUUUUUACUGAAGCUAUUCCCGAUGAUGUUUUUGAAAUAUUACAGUCGUUCAGGGAUAUACACGGAAAAUUAAUUGCCAAGAAGUACUUUAUGACGUGUAAAGAAAUCAAUAUAGCGUUUAUAGCUUACGAAGAUAAGGUAUUCUCCCUUGAUUCCCCGGAUACAUUCCAAUGCCUUUAUUCGCCAGCAUUCGCUUCGAUUCGUGCCAAGCACCUCGAGCGUAUCGCCGAACAAAUUGCUACUCUUUGUGCUACUCUAGGUGAAUAUCCGAUGUUACGUUAUCGUUCUGAUUGGGACAAAAAUGUGGAUCUAGCUGCUUCGGUACAACAGAAGUUAGAUGCAUACAAAGCUGAUGAACCGACUAUGGGCGAAGGACCCGAGAAGUCACGUUCUCAGUUGCUUAUUUUGGAUCGUGGUUUUGAUUGUGUUUCUCCACUUUUGCACGAACUUACUCUUCAAGCUAUGGCUUAUGAUUUAUUGGAAAUUGUCAACGAUGUUUACAAGUAUACUCCGGCACCAAAUGCUCCCGAUAAAGAGGUACUUUUAGACGAGAAUGAUGAAUUGUGGAUUGAGCUUCGUCAUCAACAUAUUGCUCUUGUUUCAACACAAGUAACACAGAAUUUGAAGAAAUUUACAGAUUCCAAACGGAUGACCUCAACCGAUAAGUCCUCAAUGCGUGAUCUAUCGCAAAUGAUCAAGAAGAUGCCCCAAUAUCAAAAGGAAUUGUCCAAGUAUGCAACUCAUUUGCAUUUAGCAGAAGAUUGCAUGAAAGCCUAUCAAAACUACGUAGAUAAACUGUGCCGGGUAGAACAAGAUUUAGCCAUGGGUACCGAUGCUGAAGGGGAAAAAAUCAAGGAUCACAUGCGAAAUAUUGUUCCCAUACUCCUCGAUCAGACUGUUCCAAACUGCGAUAAAGUUCGCAUAAUUGCCCUGUAUGUGAUGAUCAAAAAUGGAAUAUCAGAAGAAAAUCUAACCAAACUUUUUACACACGCCCAGUUGGGUCCAAAAGAACAAGAUAUGGUUAGGAAUUUAAGCUUCUUAGGUGUUAAUGUGAUUGCCGAUAGUCGUAAGAAACCAUACACAGUUCCCAGGAAGGAACGUAUUACGGAACAAACCUAUCAAAUGUCUCGUUGGACACCAGUUAUUAAAGAUGUGAUGGAAGAUUGUAUUGAAGAUAAACUAGAUCAGAGGCACUUUACAUAUUUGUCUGGUCGUGCCCAGAAUGCUACAUACCAUGCACCCACAAGCGCUCGAUAUGGUCACUGGCAUAAGGAUAAAGCCCAAACAGCUGUCAAGAACGUGCCGCGUCUAAUUGUAUUUGUUGUUGGUGGUGUCAGUAUGUCCGAAAUGCGAUGCGCAUAUGAAGUUACAAAUGCAGUAAAAAAUUGGGAAGUCAUAGUUGGUUCUUCACAUAUUCUUACGCCUGAAACAUUCCUUUCUGAUUUGGGAAGCCUUUCCAAAGAAGACUAGGCUAUAAUCGAUGGUUAACAAAUUAAUUUCAAAUAUAGAAAAAGAAACCAGAGACGGAGCUAAAGUUAAAAUAAAACUCUAAUUAAAUUUAUUUAUUCCUCCUUUACUACAAUAACCAUAAACGGAAAAUAAAAAAAGUAUAAAAAAGUUAUAAUCAAAACCUAUGUUUGUGUAUCGGAAUAAUUUGUUAUAUACAAAUACACAAUAUUUAACUCAUUAAUUAAUUUAUAAUUUAAAACGUGAUAAAUCAAUAUAACCUCUAAAAAAAAAUGAAUUUUUGUGUUUAAGGUGCUUUAUAUUAUGUUAUGUAUUAAGCCUGUUUUUAUUUUUUGUUUUGUUACUUGAAUAGUGUUUAAUUAUUAUAAAAGUAAAAUGUGUCUAACAAGAUAUGAUGUGCUUUAUCACUUUAUUCUUAGUAUAUACUAAACGUUUUUUGAUUAAAUUUAAACUUUCCAGUUUAUCAAAUUAAAAAAAAAGUAUUUGUAAUUUUUUUUUUUUUUACUUUAUCUACACAUAGAUUUGAAUUUUAUUAUCUUGUUUUUUAUAUAAUUACUUAUUCUAAACAAAUUUCCAUUGCAUGACGCGGCUUAUGCCUCCUUUUAGACCGAGGUUGAUAAUCCACUACAACAAAUUCUUGUUCAAGAACAUCAGUUAAUACUUGUUGUAGUACACGUAAACAAUUCUCGGUAGAGGUUUUUAAUUCAGUGAAUGUAAUAAAAUGUGAGCUUUAUCUGCACAUUUAAAACUUACCAUAUUGACAUCGAGGUAUAUUUAAACAUUUUAAAGUGUUUUUGUUUACUUUGACACGUUUAAAAUUACGUUACUUCACGAGUAGUAAGCCAGUUCCUAUUCAAAAAGCGUAUAAUGGUCAAGCAUCAAACUUGUUCUUUGUUAGCCAAAACUUAUAAUACUUGGACAAUAGUGGUUAUGAACAAAUAUCUAUUUUCUUCGAUAAGCCCUCGAAAAUUAUUUCAAGAUAAAAUCUAAAUUAAGGAUCUUCUCGAGGUCUCAUUUGCAUAGACAGCUUAUCGUUUUUCACAUUGAGUUUGAUGUUUGCCUCUUAAAUAACUGGAAUACUAUUCUUUUAACAUAAGUUGAAAUUUCCUCUUUAAUCUAUAAACUAAAAUGUGUUUGAUUUGUUUAAAAAAAAAUUCAAAUAAUAAAAUGUU